GCUCCCAGCGCUGUGCAACAGGAGAGUCUAGAUUCAGUUGGAAGAAAUCAAAAGUCUAGUUGUGGGCUGUUGGGCCUUUAAAAGACAGCGUUUACGGUGUUACCAUACUUGGUAACUUGCGUAGGGUAGUUUUUUUAGUUUUUGUUUGUUUUGAUAUUUUUGUUCUGUUUUUUACAUUGAUCCUUUGACUGUCAUACAGAGUUUUGAGAGUUGUUCUUUGAGCCAGUUGCUAAAAGUUCUAUAUUAUUGUGUCUUGCAGCUUUGUUGUACUCGAUUUUAUUCUUGAUAGCUAGCACUCUGUAACUUCUGCUACAGACAUUACAGGAUUUCUACAGACAAAAUCCCGUUUUACUGGAUUCAUCUUCCCAAGAUUAUCUGUCAGCUUGACUGUUACUUUUAUGGUCUCUUAAGCUAUUUUGUAGUGACAGUAGUUUCCAGUUUUUACAUCCAGAGGUCUGGUGUAAGAAGAAAGGAUUGUUGAUACUGUAGGGAAACAGCCUAUAUAUGAUUAGACAAAAUCCUAUGAGAGUGUCUUCUGUGAGUAUUUGCAUUGCAGAUUAGAGCUUCGGUUUUAUGUCAUAUUCUUUGAGAUUUGUCUUAAAAGCUAGUUAAAUUCACAAACCAUAGAAUGGAUCAAAUUGUAACAUAAUGCAGGAAGAAUAGCUGCCUCAAUUUCCAAAUAAUUGGUUACAUUCUUCCAAGCUUUGAAAAAAGAAUAGGAUUUGGAAUAAUGGCAACAGGAGACCUAAAUGGAAGUUUAAGAAAAAUAGAACAAGGACUUCGCUUGUUAAAUUAUCCAAGAGAUGUGGAUUAUACAGUGUUGGUAAAGGGUGAUCCAGCUGCAUUUUUACCUAUCAUCAGCUAUUGUUUUACAUCUUUUUCAACUUGCAUAGCAGAGCUUCUGGUAAAGUGCGAUGUGGAACUGACAGCCAAGAGCGACUUGCGUUUUAUUGAGGCUGUUUAUAAGUUUCUUCGAGAUCAAUUUCAGUAUAAACCAAUUUUAACAAAAGAGCAGUUUCUUCAGGUUGGCUUUGCGGAAAGAAAAAUGCAAAUUGUUUGUGACAUUAUCAACUGUGUGGUGAAGAAACAUAAGGAGUUGAGUAACUCUAGUAAGGUUAAAUCCCAAACGAGAAAAAAAAUCAGACCUCUUAAAUUUGAAGUAUGGUCAAAUUGUGGUAAAGGUCUUGCUGAUCCAAGUCGCAGUGCUCUGAAUUCCAAACAGCAUACUCAAAAGAAGCCUCUAGUCGAACGGCACUCAGGAAAUGAAGUUAGUGGUGAUCUUUGUCCACUCCCCCUUCCAGCACAGGGAGAGACUGAGGAAGAAUUGUGCCCAGAUCAUGAUAUUGUGGAAGUUAAUUGUGAACAAGUCAUAGAAGAAAAUUCACAAAUUGAGUUUUUAAAGAAUCAGCUUGCAGAUCUCCAGGAAAAGCUUCAUAAGCUAGAUUGGAUGGAAGAUAAGCUCCAAGUUUUAGAAGAGAAGCUGCAAGGAAAGGUGAUCAUAGAUGAGAAGGACUGGAAUAACUUACUGAAUCGAGUUUUGCUUCUUGAAACAGAACUGUUGUUACAAUCCAGAAAGAGAGACUUUCCUAAAGACUUCAGCAAUAUAAAUCAAAAAAGAACUUCUAGUAGCAUUCCAGUUUCCCUUGAUACAGAGAGGAAUGAGGAGAUGCCAGAGAGUCAUCCUCUGUCGUCUGGAUGCAGUUCACUGUUAUCCACAGACCAAUCUCCCAAAGACAUGACCAUUAAUUCUCAUGAUCUGACAGACAUUUCAAAGGAGACAAUAAGACAAAGAAUGGAAAAGAUAAGUAAAAUAAUUGAAGAAACCUUCAAACUGUUCAAAACACCAAGCCCACCUCUGGGAAUACCUGCAAGCACAGGUAUUCAGACCUGGUCUCUGCAGACUUACGGAUACCAGAAAUAAUCUGUAUGUUUGUACAGUGUUAAAUUUUUAAUAUAUUGAAUUUGUAAUGAUCACCACUGCUGUUACUGCUUUGAAUAAAUAUUUUACUCAUGCAUCUGUGUAUUGAUUUCCCUCCCCAUGACCACAAUUUUUGGUUUUAAAGACUGUUCAAAUAGCUUCUUCCCCCCCCCCUUGCACUUUUGUAAAUUGAAGUCAUUACAGCAGUGUAUUCUUGUGUUGACAUUUGUUAGCAGUGUGCUAAGUAAUAUGUUUUUUAAAGUGUGGGCUUGAGGACUGUGGUUUACAUCCUGUUGGAAACAUUCCAGCUGGAACUUGCAUAUUACACCCAAGAGGCAUUCUUACAUACCAUCUUACCAUCUGUACUGUUGAAUAAGUCUUAAUAAAAAACUUACAUACACAGUUUCAAA